AUGGCUCCGCUCCCCUCGUCCCGCAUCACACCAGCUCGCGCUUUCAGUCGAACGGGCAUCGACUACGCCGGGCCCUUCAAGGUACUCGCCUCAAGGGGCCGUGGCAUCUACACCACGAAAGCGUACAUCGCCGUCUUCGUGUGCAUGUGCACGAAAGCCUUGCACCUUGAGCUCGUUGGGGACCUGACCACCGUGUCCUUCCUCGGCGCACUAUCCCGGUUCUGCGGUUGGCGCGGCAGACCAGCCCAACUUUGGAGCGACAAUGCCAUUUGCUUCCGUGGAGUGGACGCCGAGCUGCAAGAGGCGUUGCGAGAAGCCGAAUUCCAGUGGGACCUAGUCGCCGGAACUCUCGCCAAACAAGGAGUCAGCCGCUCGACCAGACGAGAACCUCGACAAGCGGAGCCAUUGGUCUCUUGUGCGAGGAAUGCGCAACCUUUUCUGGCGACGUUGGAGCCGAGAGUACUUAAAUACACUGCAGCAGCGCUCUCUAAGCGGACGACGCCGCAGCGGAACUUCGUCGUUGAAGACGUCGUCGUUCUCCUGAACACCACGCUGAUUUAG